AUGGGGAUCCUGCCACGAGUCCGGCGACGAACCCGCGACGUCCCACCACCAGGACGUCCACCAGGAAGCCCAGAGCGCGUACCGCCUCUGCCACCGUCGCAUCCCGGACCACCAUCGGAUCCACGACUGCGCCAGAGGCCUAUACCUCCACCGAUACGUGGACACAGUUACGUCCCGUGGAGACUCCAGCCGAUUGUAAAUUUAGGAGCCCGGUUCCGAGAGCAGGGAACCCAAGUCCACUGCAGUGUUGCCACCGUCGACGCUGCCACUCAGACGACCCCGCAGGAUUCAGCCGAAUUUCGGGUCGUGCCUGGGGACGUGGCGCAACCAUCCUCACCGAGAGGAACGCAGAGCACGGCAGGCCUAGACAGCCCCCCUCCGCGUACACCCGUCGGUCGGCCGCGGACGCCCGGCCGCAGGAAGAAGUCCUCCAAGAGGUUACGCCGGCAACUGGAUAGCCUCUUCGGACCCUCUCCGACAAAGCCGACGAAGAAGGAGGAAAAGGAGAACGUGCCGCCGCCAGAAGGUCCGACACCGGGCGGAUCACAGACUUGA